GAAUCCCCACGAUACUACUAUCCCAAGUACCAAGGCUUGCCCAUCUUCUCUAGCAGUCAAAGCAUAGAAUUAUAGGAACAAUCCCACCAACCUAAAGCUAUACCCCCAAGUGCAACUCACUACUUAGCUAUCAUCAUGUCCACCGCCGCCGCAAUCCCCAUCGCUUCCUUCGGCAACAACCCCGAGGUCGCUCAAGCCAUUCGCGAAAAGCUCCUUCCAGAAUAUGACGUCGUCCACACAACCCUCACCCUCUCCACCUCCCUCUCGGAACUCCCCCCUCUCUGCACCGGCACCUUCUCCCACCUCCCCUCGUCAAACCUCGGCUCCAACGCCACGGCCGCCACCCCAGCCGACCUCAAGGUGCCCAAGGCCAUCAUCUUCGGCGGCGGCGUGUCCCCCUCGGACGCCGAGCAAGUCAAAGAAGCGGUGCUGGCCAAGAACCCAGACAUCAAGUUCGUCCGACUCACGCGGGAGGAUAUGGUCGCCGCGGGGGCCGAGGGGCCGGAUCCCGAGGUGAUUGGACGCUUGUUGAAGGAGAGGUUGGCCGAGGCUUUGGCUUGAGGCUUGAGGCUUGGGGAAAACAACUGAACCUAAGUACUUGGCUCGUGUUUGGUGUAGUUCGGGAUGGGGCUUGCUAGUAUGCUGGAUAUGAUGAAGGAGGAUGGAAUGCUCUUCAGUGGGAGUUUUUAUUUCAAAGGGUAUAGGUGACUAGGUCAGGUUGGGAUGAAGUGUUUGAAAGGGGGGUCGAAUGAAGGAUUGGAGGGAGGUUUCCUACCAGAAGCUGUAGGAAGUGUGUUCCUAACGUUGACAGUCAUGAAAAUAUGACACUCCUUCCCU